ACUUCAACAGCACUCCUUUCUCAGCAGUUAAUGCGUUUUUACUUCUGCAAAAAAAAAAACGCUUUGAAUUAUCAGAAAGCUCAGUGAUUUUCACCUACAUUUAUUUGCACUAGAUUUUGCUAGGUUUUUUAUGUUUUUUCUUCUUGGAUCUGUCUCUCAUCGCGAAAUGUAGGAUCGUAGUAGAUUUGUAUGGGGUUUUCCAAAACACCAGUUUUUGAAUUCCCAGAAGUGCCAUGUGAUCUAGUUUUGCCUCUUUUGCCCUGGAAAUUUCUGAGGUUCUUUCUGGAUCUCACUUCCAUGGACAAAUUCUAGGGUUUUUGUUACUUUUUUUUUUAGGGUUCUUCUGGUCAUGGCCAUGGAGCAACAGUAUUUCAGGGACAACAGUAAAGGAUGGCUCUCUGAGCAGUCAUCCCCUACUUCUACAUCCCAUCCUAAUGGAAACGUGGAUAGAGUUCUAUUCAAAAACCUUGUGGAAAUCGUACCUCUUGUUGAGUCUCUUAUGGAUCGUAGACCAAACUCAUCAUUCACGCGCCGCUCUUCUCUAAUAUACACACGCACUCCAUCCAGAGAUUCAUACACAAGGAAGGUGGUUGAGCCAAAGGGAAGGAAAACAGUUCAAGCCACCUCUAAAUCAAGGAGAGAACCAGGGGACAAGGGAGACAAUUGUGAUGGCGGUGCUGAUGAAUUUGUGAUAUCAUCAAAGGGACUGGUCUCUGAUAGGGAUAGAGAGGAAUUACUUCUCCUAAGGGAACGGGUUGAGGAGCUACAAAAGAAACUAUUUGAGAAGGAUGAAAUUCUAAAAUCUGCAGAGAGUUCUCUGAACCAAAUGAACUUGGUCCAGGUAUCCCUGGAUGAACUGAAACACCAGGUUGAGGAAAAAGACACCUUCAUCAGAUCUGUGCACCUGCAACUCUCUGAUGCAAAGAUCAAGCUUGCAGAUAAGCAAGCUGUGCUGGAGAAGUUAGAGUGGGAAGUAAAGACGUCAAAUCGUAAAACUGAGGAGCUUCGUCAGCACCUAGACUCUAUGCACAAUGAGGUUGGUACUCUCAUGCAUAUAUUCGAGACUGCAGAGGAGAAAGACUCGACAGUACUAAUUGACGAUGAUGAUUGGACGAUUGAUGACUCCUUGGAUCUGCUUCCUGCUAUGGAACCCAUAGAUGAUAACCAGCUACAUGCCAUGGAAGAAGCACGAAAAGCGUACGUAGCUGCCUUGGCUGUUUUGAGAGAGAACCCAGAUGAGUCUUCUCUUGCAUUGGCAGCUCAUUCGAGAUUAGAGUUACACAGGCUUCUCUUCCCAGAAAAGCAUCUUAAAACUCAAUACCAUGAUUUGUGUGUAACAUACUAAGGAAGCACCUAAAUAUGAGUUUGCAAAAACUUCUGUUAUGAGAUCAAAUAGAAAGGGAUGGUUUAGAAUAGUCUGUGUUUGUGGUUUUGGGGCGCCAUAUUUAUCAUUGUUAGUAAUGUUGUUGUUUAUUGUAUAUAUGUUAUGUUUUUAUCUCUAACAAUAUGGUCUUGUACGAUGAACUUGGAAAGAGCAUAGAACCCCCGCAUGAGAGAUUCUUUUCCACUGAAAGUAAGAGGUUUCUAGGGGAGUUAUAUCAAGUUCCAUUGUUGGGAAAUAGAGAAUAUUUUGGACUGGGAUAUUGCAUAUCAAAUGAUUCAGGAAAUAAACAAUCUCAAAAAAUAUUUAUUUUGA